AAAACACAAAGCCGGCGAUUUUCCAAUGCCGAGGUCGAGAUUCCACUAUCUCCUCUUCCACCUCCUCCCCCUCCUCCUCCUCUCUCCAUCGUUCUCCUCUCCGAACCCAGAAACGACCGCGCUCUUCACCUGGAUCACUUCCGGCCAAUCGCCUUCCCCUUUCCCCGACUGGAACCCAACGGAUUCUUCCCCCUGCAACUGGACCCAUGUCGCCUGCGACUCCGCCGGCUCCGUCUCCUCCAUCUCCAUCAUAUCCACCCCCCUCGCCCUUCCCCUCCCCACGACCCUCUGCUUCUCGCUCCCCUCCCUUUCCUCUCUCUCCAUCUCCGCUUCCAACCUUACCGGCUCCAUUCCUUCCUCGUUCUCCAACUGCCGCCGCCUUGCAGUACUUGAUCUCAGCUCCAAUUCUCUUUCUGGUCCAAUCCCCGCCUCUCUCUUCCGCCUUCCGUUGCUCCAGUCUCUCAUUCUCAACUCCAACUUAUUGUCAGGUCAGAUCCCCGUUUCACUAGGAGAGUCUACCGCUCUCCUGAACCUUCUUCUCUACGACAACCGCCUGUCCGGCCCCAUUCCCGAUUCCGUUGGUAAUCUUUCCAGGCUGCAAACCCUUCGCGCCGGCGGAAACCGCGAUCUCUCUGGUCAGAUUCCGGAUUCCCUCUCCCAAUGCCGCAAUCUUACCGUUCUUGGCCUUGCAGAUACCAAGAUUUCUGGCUCUAUUCCCGCUUCGAUUGGCCGCCUCUCCAAUCUGCAGACGCUGUCUGUUUACACAGCGAUGCUCUCAGGUCCCAUUCCUCCGGAGCUUGGCAACUGCACUGAGCUCACAAAUCUGUUUCUGUACGAGAACUCGCUCUCCGGCUCGCUCCCGCCGGAGCUCGGCAGACUAUCUAAUCUGCAGCGGAUUCUUCUCUGGCAGAACUCGCUCUCCGGAUUCCUCCCGGAACAGUUUGGCAACCUCUCCUCCCUCCAGGUCAUUGAUCUCUCCAUCAAUUCGAUUUCUGGCGCCAUCCCGCUUUCCGUUGGAGGUUUAACUAAUCUACAAGAACUUAUGCUUAGCGAUAACAAGAUCUCUGGAUCGAUUCCCCCUUCUAUCUCCAAGCUCACAUCGCUCUCGCAGCUGCAGCUCGACACGAAUCAAAUAUCUGGCCUAAUCCCGCAGGAGCUCGGUGAACUUUCGAACCUCGUUGUAUUCUUCGCAUGGCAGAACCAGCUCGAGGGAAGCAUACCUUCCAGUUUCGGUUCCCUCACCAGCCUCCAAGCCUUAGACCUCUCCCACAAUCAUCUCACGGGCUCCAUUCCGCCGGGACUCUUCCUUCUACAAAACCUCACCAAGUUGUUGCUCCUGUCAAAUGACAUUUCCGGCGCCAUCCCGCCGGAAAUAGGUCAAUGCCGCUCCCUUGUCCGCCUACGUCUCGGCUGCAACCGCAUUGGAGGCCGCAUUCCCUUGCAAAUCGGCGGCCUUGCUGGAAUCAACUUUCUCGACCUCUCCAGCAACCGGAUCAUUGGCACUGUUCCGUUUGAGAUUGGAAAGUGUUCCCAGCUCCAAAUGCUUAAUAUAAGCAACAACACUCUCUCUGGCGAGCUCCCUGCAUCACUAGGCUCCAUUACCGGCCUCCUGAUCCUUGACGCAUCCUUAAACCAAUUUAGCGGGCCGAUACCAGAGAGCUUAGGGAAGUUGGCGUCUAUGAACAAACUGAUACUCGAAGGAAACUUGCUCUCCGGGCCAAUCCCAUCAUCUCUCUCUCGCUGUUUGAGCCUCGAACUGCUUGAUCUGAGCAACAAUCGCUUGACUGGCGGCAUCCCGGAUGAGCUCUGCGAGAUCGAAGGGCUAGAUAUUGCCUUGGAUUUGAGCAGAAACAUGCUUACUGGUCCGAUUCCAGUAAAUAUUUCCAAACUUGCCAAGCUCUCCGUGCUCGACCUCUCCUACAACAACCUCGACGGCAGCCUCGCCGAGCUUGCUGGACUCGAUAAUUUGAUCGUUCUAAACGUCUCCAACAACAACUUCACCGGAUACCUGCCUGACACCAAGCUCUUCCAUCAGCUUUCGGCUUCGAACCUUGCUGGCAACGAAGGCCUCUGCACUCACGAUGGAGACGUCUGCUUCGUGAGCAGCAAUGUCAAUGGUGUAACAUCCACUACCAAGGAAAGCCGGAGACUGCACAAACUGAAGCUUGCCAUUGUUCUCCUUAUCACAAUUACGGUGGCAAUGGUCCUCGGAAUGCUGGGAGUGAUCCAAGCAAAGAGAAUGAGUGGAGGGAAAGGUGGAGAAAAUGAAGAUCCAGAUCUCCGCAGCGAGAUGACUUGGCCGUGGCAGUUCACUCCAUUUCAAAAACUGAGCUUUUCCGUCGAACAGGUUGUCCACAGUUUGGUUGAUGCCAAUAUAAUCGGCAAAGGCUGCUCAGGCAUAGUUUACAGAGUGAGCAUGGGCAAUGGCGAAGUGAUUGCUGUCAAGAAGCUAUGGCCGAGUACCGGUGGGGUGGCAACGACGAGCAAAGAUGAAGGGAACAGUGUUAGAGUGAGGGAUUCUUUCUCAGCCGAGGUGAGGACGCUGGGAGCGAUCCGGCAUAAGAACAUUGUCAGGUUCUUAGGCUGUUGCUGGAACAGGAGCACAAGGUUGCUGAUGUAUGAUUAUAUGGCCAAUGGGAGCCUUGGCGGAUUGCUUCAUGACAGGAAUGGAUGCCCCUUGGAAUGGGAUCUCAGGUAUCAGAUUAUACUUGGGGCAGCACAGGGACUGGCUUAUCUCCACCACGAUUGCAUCCCUCCAAUUGUCCACAGGGAUAUCAAGGCCAACAACAUUCUGAUCGGCCUCGACUUUGAGCCUUACAUUGCAGAUUUUGGCUUGGCGAAGCUCGUGGAGGAGGGAGACUUUGCCCGAUCAUCGAACACCAUUGCAGGCUCCUAUGGCUACAUAGCUCCUGAAUAUGGUUACAUGAUGAAGAUCACUGAGAAGAGCGAUGUGUACAGCUAUGGAGUGGUGGUUCUCGAGGUAUUAACAGGGAAGCAACCGAUUGACCCUACAAUUCCAGAUGGUCUACAUUUAGCAGAUUGGGUAAGAAUGAAGAAGGGGAAUCCUGAAGUUCUUGAUGUCAGCCUCCGCGUCCGGUCAGACUCAGAGGUGGAGGAGAUGCUCCAAGCUCUGGGGGUGGCUCUCCUCUGCGUCAAUCCUACCCCAGAUGAGAGGCCGACCAUGAAGGAUGUGGCCGCAAUGCUCAAGGAAAUCAGACUUGAAAGGGAAGAUUAUGCUAAGGUGGAUGUUCUCCUGAAGGGUUCUUCUCCUUCUCCGUUGCCAUCUCCGGUGCCGGCCAUGAACGCAACUACAUCGGCAACCUCUGUCUUCGCACAAAGCCUGCAAGGCCAUGGCAAUAGUAGCAUCAUCAAUAACAGUAACUUCUCAUCUACCAGCUUUUUCUCUUAUUCUAAGGCUAAAUCACCGUUUGAUUAAUAGACUACUUACUUUUAUCAGCUUCAUAUAUAUAUAUAUGUAUGUUUAGGCUAGUGCUUUUAUUUGAGUGUGUCAA